UAAUUUAAUUAUUAUUACCUUGGAUGAAGGAUUAUUUACAUAUUAGAGGUAUUUUAAAACAAAGAGUUAAAAGGUACCCUAGAUCUAGCCUAGCUAGAUAUUAAAUCAAAGUGUACCUUGGUACCAUCGAUAUUUAAUAACGAUGUGUUAUUAAAAUACAGUAUUAUAUUUUGUCCUAUGAGGUUUUUCCUGUCAGUGAUUUUGUUCUAUAGCUAUGUUUAGCUCUAGAUAUUUUAAACAUUUAUUCAGAAAGCGUACAGUAUUUUCUAGACAUAAAAGUAGCCUAGGUUUAUGGGAUCAGGACUUAACCACGGUUAUUAAACUUGAAGUAGAAAAACAUUGGGCCAAGGAAGUUUUAUGUAACAAGAACUUGGUUAAAAAUGAAAAUAAAGAUCCAUAUUAUGUGCUGCCUAUGUUUCCUUAUCCAUCAGGAAAUUUACACAUGGGUCAUGUCAGAGUGUAUUCAAUAUCAGACACAAUAGCCAGAUUUCAAGCACUUGAUGGUAAAAAUGUAAUUCAUCCAAUUGGGUGGGAUUCUUUUGGAUUACCCGCUGAAAAUGCAGCCAUUGAGCGAAACGUUUUACCCCACAUUUGGACUGAUAGCAACAUUUCAGCUAUGAAAGAGCAACUUGUGCAGUUAGGAUUAAACUUUGACUGGAAUAGAGAAAUUAGUACAUGUAAUCCAAACUAUUAUAAAUGGACCCAAUAUAUAUUUUUGAAGUUAUUUGAAAAUGGACUGGCUUAUCAAUGUAAGGCAAAAGUGAACUGGGAUCCUAUUGAUGAAACCGUUUUAGCAGAUGAACAAGUCGAUGACAGUGGCUGUUCUUGGAGAUCUGGUGCCAAAGUUGAAGAAAAGGUUUUAACACAGUGGUUUAUAAAAACAACAAAAUAUGCAAAGCUAUUGUAUGAUGGUCUAGACAGUAAAAGUUUAGAAAACUGGAAAGACAUUAUUAACUUACAAAAACAUUGGUUAGGAGAAUGCAAUGGUGUUGUAGUGAAUUUUCAUAUUAAUGUCAGAAACAGACUAAGAAAGUUUGAUGUUUGGUCUUCAGAUCCAUACAAGUUUAUACAUGGUCAGUACCUAGCAAUGAGCAAAGAUAAUGUAUUGAUAAAAGACAUGACGUUAGUUGAAAUACAGAAGCUUAAAUGCUAUAAUCCAAUUACUAAAACAGAUAUGUCAAUUUAUUUAACAGACAGUAUAAAUUAUCCAGAAGGUCGGGAUGUCUAUAUUGCUUGUCCCUCUGUUGAUUCAGAAGAUUACCAGUUAUCUUUGACCUUAAAUAUUCCAAUUGUAAACAAAAAUAAAAUUAUAGACAUACAAUCUGAAAAUAAAAGAGCAAUUGAUAUAGCACAAAAACAUAACAGUGGAGGGUACUUUGUGAGUUCAAAGCUUAAGGACUGGCUUAUAUCAAGACAAAGAUUUUGGGGUACACCAAUACCUAUUAUACACUGUCCAAACUGUGGGAUAGUACCAGUACCUUAUGAGGAUCUACCUGUGGUUCUUCCUGAAAUUAGUGCACAGGAAACAAAAAUUUCAACACUAUCAAGUUUUAAAUCUUGGCUAAUUUGUAAGUGCCCUAAGUGCUUUAGUAAUGCAACUAGAGAAUCUGAUACCAUGGACACAUUCGUUGACUCCUCGUGGUACUAUUAUCGUUUCCUGGAUCCUAAUAAUGAUAAGAAACCUUUUGACAAGGAAAAAUUAAUUGGGGUAACUCCAGUGAAUUGUUAUAUUGGAGGUAAAGAACAUGCAGUAUUGCAUUUAUAUUACACUCGAUUCAUGAGCUAUUUUUUACAUUCGUUAGGAUUAACACCAACACAGGAACCUUUCAAAAAACUAUUAGUACAGGGAAUGAUUAUGGGACAGUCAUAUAAGACCAAGAACACUGGAAAAUAUCUACCUCCUGAAGAUGUAGAAAUGGUUGGGAAAGAAUAUAAAGAGAGAAACACUGGGGAACCAGUUGUUGUACAGUGGGAAAAAAUGAGUAAGUCAAAAUAUAAUGGAGAAAAUCCACAGCGCUUGUUGUCAACCUAUGGAUGUGAUACAACAAGACUAUUGAUUCUUGCUGAUGUUCCACCUGCUACAAGUAGACGAUGGUCUGAUGCCACAUUGCCUGGAGUCUUAAACUUCCAACAUAGGUUAUGGAUUACAAUCAGGGAGUUUUUAAUGCAUAAGCAAAACAAGAAAUCAUUUGCUUAUAAUGAAUCGUCUGAUAAAGAAUUACAAGAAUAUGAAAAUAAGUUAUGGGAUUCAAGAAAUUACUUAAUUGCAACUGCUACCUAUCAUUUUAAAUACACUCACAAACUGAGUGUAGGAAUUUCUCGACUCCAGAGUUUAACAAAUGUUUUGAGGAACAAUGUACCGCCGCAAAUAAUAGCGAAAAGCAAAGAAUAUGAGCAAUCGCUGGCUUCUUUGAUAAUUAUGCUCUCUAUAAUAACUCCACACUUCUGCUGUGAGUUAUGGGCUGGUAUGCGAUCCGCACCUAAUAGAAUAUGCGAUUUAUCUGAUGGAAUAGACUGGAAUCAAGAGGUUCUCCAACAAAGAUGGCCAGUCGUAAAUGAAAAUUAUCCAUUGUCUUUUCAAUGUAAAGUUGAUGGAGCUGAUAGGUGUGACUUGAAAAUAGAAGCUAUUAAGUUAAAAAGUUUAGAUUUAGAACAAGCUUUAGACCUAAUGGUUAGAGAGAAAGCAGUUGCAGAAAGAAUAAAACAUGGAAUUAAAAAAACCAAAUAUGAACUGUAUCCAGAUUGUCGUGCAAUAUUACAUAUCUACACAAACAGACAAGCAAAGAGCAAACUAAAAUCUGAGUUAUAUUCGCAAGUUUAGGUUUUGCCUCUGAAAUCAAUUUUCACUUAGUUACAUACUUGGCUACUUUAGAAUUAAAUUAAUUAAAAGGUAGUUUUCACUAAAUUUUUUUCAAUAUUCAUCCAGCAUGCAAGACAGCAAGAAAUUAAUUGUAGUAUCGACUAAUUUGUGAGAAUAGUCGAUACUAGAAUUAAUUUCUUAAACUGGACCCUUUCAAGUAAAGAUUUUUAUAUAAACCUGUGAGGAUGAUACUGCUAUUGUCGCAAUUAAAAUACCAUAAGCCUACGUUGUAUUCGUUUACAAAUUGCGAAAAACCAAAUUAAAUUUGAAUUUCGCGGGCAGGCCCGUCUCAUGCCCCUUAAGCAGCAUUAGACUAUUCGAUCUAACCUUCGUUUAAAAUUUAUCGGAAUCGAAGGUGCAAAUACAAUCGGAAGUUCCGAAUUACUUUCGGAAUCGGAAUCGAACCUCCGUAACAUUAGUCCUAAUCUAUAAAGAUACCUAUUGAUCCGUAAAUGUUGAAGAAAAAAUACAAGU